GGAGCCAGGCACCUUUCCGCGUCCAGUCGAAGGAGAGCAUUUGUGGAUGUCGAAUUCGGAGUGAAGGGCGCCCCGAAACGGAACUUUAAAAGGAAUCCUGCGCUCCCCGUGCCGCGGGCGAUGCGCCUCCGACCGCCGGGCGCCGCCGCCGCCAGCCCGGCUUCACCCUUCCCGGCAGUCGGGAAUUUGUUCUGAUCCUCGCCAGUCCCUCCCUCCAUCUCCCCCUCUUCCUUCCCACGCCUCCCCAAUCGAAUCCUCGCCGCUCACCCCCCACCCCCGCCACCACUGCACCUUGGAUAUGUUUUCUCCCAGACCUGGAUAUUUUUUUGAUAUCGUGAAACUCCGAGGAAAUAAGUGCAGGGAUUUCGUGUGAGCUCCCUUGCUUCUCCCCCUCUCCACCCCCCACGGACAUGCCUUCACUUCACAGAACGGGGGGCCGAGGCACCCUAUCCUAGGCGAAUGAACCCCUCCAGCCGCGAGGGAACGCAAUGAAGGGAAUGUCUGCUGCGGAAUGAGAGCUCUGCAGCUAGGUCCUCUCAUCUGCCAUUUGUCCUUCCAAACUGCAUUGUAAUACGGGCAGGAUAAAUCAGACGAAAGGGAAGAGCAGCCUCCUGGCUGGAUUUCUCCGCCCGUAUUUACUUUUCAUUUUUUCUUCAUUCGUCGUCGUGCUUCUUGGCUGGCCUAGGGAUGACUUCCUCGCUGCAGCGGCCUUGGCCGGUGCCCUGGCUACUAUGGGCCGUCCUGAUGGUCAGCGCCGUGACUGCUUCCCAGAAUCAAGAACGGCUAUGUGCAUUCAAAGACCCUUACCAACAAGACCUUGGAAUAGGUGAGAGUCGAAUCUCUCAUGAAAAUGGAACAAUAUUGUGCUCAAAAGGUAGCACUUGCUAUGGCCUGUGGGAGAAAUCCAAAGGAGACAUCAAUCUUGUAAAGCAAGGAUGUUGGUCUCACAUUGGAGAUCCCCAAGAAUGUCACUAUGAAGAAUGUGUAGUAACUACCACCCCUCCCUCAAUUCAGAAUGGAACGUACCGUUUUUGCUGCUGUAGCACAGAUUUAUGUAAUGUCAACUUUACUGAGAAUUUCCCACCUCCUGACACAACACCACUCAGUCCACCUCAUUCAUUUAACCGAGAUGAGACAAUAAUCAUUGCCUUGGCAUCAGUCUCUGUAUUAGCUGUUCUGGUAGUUGCCUUAUGCUUCGGAUACCGAAUGUUGACAGGAGACCGCAAACAAGGUCUGCACAGUAUGAACAUGAUGGAGGCAGCAGCAUCAGAGCCCUCUCUUGACCUAGAUAAUUUGAAACUGUUGGAGCUGAUUGGACGGGGUCGAUAUGGAGCAGUAUAUAAAGGUUCCUUGGAUGAGCGUCCAGUUGCUGUAAAAGUGUUUUCUUUUGCAAACCGUCAGAAUUUUAUAAACGAAAAAAACAUUUACAGAGUGCCUUUGAUGGAACAUGACAACAUUGCUCGCUUUAUAGUUGGAGAUGAGAGAGUCACUGCAGAUGGACGUAUGGAAUAUUUGCUUGUGAUGGAGUAUUAUCCCAAUGGAUCUCUUUGCAAGUAUUUGAGCCUCCAUACAAGUGACUGGGUAAGCUCUUGCCGAUUGGCUCAUUCUGUGACUCGAGGACUGGCUUAUCUUCACACAGAAUUGCCACGAGGAGAUCAUUAUAAACCUGCAAUUUCCCAUCGAGAUUUAAACAGCAGAAAUGUCCUGGUAAAAAAUGAUGGAACCUGUGUCAUUAGUGACUUUGGGCUGUCCAUGAGGCUGACUGGAAAUAGACUGGUGCGUCCAGGAGAAGAAGAUAAUGCAGCCAUAAGUGAGGUUGGCACAAUUAGAUAUAUGGCACCAGAAGUGCUAGAAGGAGCUGUGAACCUGAGAGACUGCGAAUCAGCUUUGAAACAAGUAGACAUGUAUGCACUUGGGCUAAUCUAUUGGGAGAUAUUUAUGAGAUGUACAGACCUUUUCCCAGGUGAAUCUGUACCAGAAUACCAGAUGGCUUUUCAGACAGAAGUUGGAAAUCAUCCCACUUUUGAGGAUAUGCAGGUACUUGUGUCCAGAGAAAAACAGAGACCCAAGUUCCCAGAAGCCUGGAAAGAAAAUAGCCUGGCAGUGAGGUCACUCAAGGAGACAAUUGAGGAUUGUUGGGACCAGGAUGCAGAGGCUCGGCUUACUGCACAGUGUGCUGAGGAGAGGAUGGCUGAACUAAUGAUGAUAUGGGAAAGAAACAAAUCUGUAAGCCCAACAGUUAAUCCAAUGUCUACUGCUAUGCAGAAUGAACGCAACCUGUCACAUAAUAGGCGUGUGCCAAAAAUUGGCCCUUACCCAGAUUACUCUUCUUCUUCAUACAUUGAAGAUUCUAUUCAUCACACUGACAGCAUUGUGAAGAAUAUUUCCACAGAGCAUUCAAUGUCCACCACACCUUUGACUAUAGGGGAAAAGAAUCGAAACUCAAUUAAUUAUGAACGACAGCAAGCACAAGCUCGAAUCCCCAGCCCUGAAACAAGCGUCACCAGCCUGUCCACCAAUACAACAACCACAAACACUACUGGCCUCACUCCAAGUACUGGCAUGACUACUAUAUCUGAGUUGCCAUACCCAGAUGAAACAAAUCUUCAUGCCACAAAUGUUGCACAGUCUAUUGGGCCAACCCCGGUAUGCUUACAACUGACAGAAGAAGACUUGGAGACCAACAAGCUAGACCCAAAAGAAGUUGAUAAGAACCUCAAGGAAAGCUCUGAUGAGAAUCUCAUGGAGCAUUCUCUUAAACAGUUCAGUGGACCAGACCCACUGAGCAGUACCAGUUCUAGCUUGCUUUACCCACUCAUAAAGCUUGCAGUGGAAGUGACUGGGCAGCAGGACUUCACACAGGUUGCAAAUGGCCAAGCAUGUCUAAUUCCUGAUGUUCCAUCUGUUCAGAUCUAUCCUCUCCCCAAGCAACAGAACCUUCCUAAGAGACCUACUAGUUUGCCUUUGAAUACUAAAAAUUCAACUAAGGAGCCCCGGCUAAAAUUUGGCAGCAAGCACAAAUCAAACUUGAAACAAAUAGAAACUGGAGUUGCCAAGAUGAAUACAAUCAAUGCAGCAGAACCUCAUGUGGUGACAGUCACUAUGAAUGGUGUGGCUGGUAGAAACCACAGUGCUAACUCCCAUGCUGCCACAACCCAGUAUGUCAAUGGGGCAGUACCUUCUGGCCAGACAGCCAAUAUAGUGGCACAUAGGGCCCAAGAAAUGCUGCAGAAUCAAUUUACUGGUGAAGACACCCGGUUGAAUAUUAAUUCCAGUCCUGAUGAGCAUGAACCUUUACUGAGACGAGAACAACAAGCUAGCCAUGAUGAAGGUGUGCUGGAUCGUCUUGUGGACAGGAGAGAACGGCCACUAGAAGGUGGCCGAACUAAUUCCAAUAACAACAACAGCAAUCCAUGUUCAGAACAAGGUGUACUUACACAGGGUGUUUCAAGCACAGCAGCUGAUCCUGGGCCAUCGAAGCCCAGAAGAGCACAGAGGCCUAAUUCUCUGGACCUUUCUGCCACCAAUGUCCUGGAUGGCAACAGUCUACAGAUAGGUGAGUCAACACAAGAUGGCAAAUCAGGAUCAGGAGACAAGAUCAAAAAACGUGUGAAAACUCCAUAUUCUCUUAAGCGGUGGCGUCCCUCCACUUGGGUCAUCUCCACGGAGCCACUGGACUGUGAGGUCAACAACAAUGGUGGUGACAGAGCAGUUCACUCCAAAUCCAGCACCGCCGUUUACCUUGCAGAAGGAGGCACUGCCACCACCAUGGUGUCUAAAGAUAUGGGAAUGAAUUGUCUGUGAAAUGUUUUCAAGUUUAUGGAGUGAAAUUAUUUUUUUGCAUUAUUUAAACAUGCAGAGGACAUUUUUAAAAAACUGCUUUAUCUUCCUGUCAGCACCCCUUUCCACCCCUGCAACAAGACUUGCUUUAAAUAGAUUUCAGCUAUGCAGAAAAGUUUAGCUUAUGCUUCCAUAUUUUUUAAUUUUUUUUAAGUUUUGCACUUUUGUUUAGUCUUGCUAAAGUUGUAUUUGUUAUGACCACAGAAAUAUAUGUGUGUGUAUCAAAAGUGGUCUCAAAAUAUUUUUUUAAGAAAAAAAAACAAAAACAAUGUAUUGCUGAUAAUCAGUUUGGACCAUCUUCUAAAGGUCAUUAAAUCAGAAGCAAAUUAAGACAGGUUUGACUGCAGUGGUAUCUGGUAUCCAUGUUUUAUUUUGGGGCACAAGCUAGUUUAUGUUGACAUGUUCUUAAAACAUUAUCUGUUGGACAUUCUUUUCUUCUGUAUUUUGUUUGAAUGUGCAAUAGUCUUUAGACCACACAAAAAAGAAACUUUUUUAUAAGCUAUCUUCCUAGCAGGGCACACAUUCUUCCAUAAUAUGAACAUGCCCCCUCCAUUCUUCCAUUAUAUGAACAGUUUUUUUCUCUGUCUCUCAUAUUUUUCAUAGGUCAGUUUUAUGACAGUGAAUUUUGCACAGGAGAAAGCCACCUGAUUUCUUGCUUUCUCUCUCCUCAUGGAGAAUGCAGAAACAUUGUCUUAAAGGGCUCUAAACAAGGAACUACCAAAACCUAUUUUGAAAUGCCAUUUCUUUUAACCUUCCAAAUCCUAAAUGUUUCCUUCCAGGCAUUUUAAUAAGCAUAUUUGAUUUUGGUUUUGGACGUUCAGAAGAGCAUAGAACAAAAUAUAAGACAUCAUAUAUUAGCCCUUUUCAAUUUUUAUUUUAUUUUCUAUAUAUGUGUAUGUUCCAUAUUCAUUUAUUUAUGAAGUACUUUUUUAUCAUAAAACCUACAGAACUAAACUUACAUGGAAUUUUUAAUUAAGUAGAUAGUUGAUACAAUAUAGUAUUAUAGGCCAUCUUUCACUCAAACAAAAUUACAUUUCCUGUUUAUGACAACUCUGAAAUUAAUUCAUAGUUUGCAACCUGUAGUAUCUUCAGUCUGUUCCAGCAAAGCCUAGUGACUUUAUCUAAAAAUGAUUUCUCUUCCCAUGACCUAAAACACUGUGUGAAAAAUCAUUCAACUAGCACGCCAAACCCUUGUGGAGGGAAGGAUUGCUGCCAAACUUAAUGUUUUUUGCAGACUGAGAUUGACCCUCUUCAAAUUGGAUUUCUUCACUCAGUCUAUUCUCACUUGAUCUUUGAUAUGUGAGCAGCAUUUAUUGUAUUGAGUAUACCUUUUAGUGAUAAUGUGCCCUUGAAAUCUUAUUUUUAAAGCUUCCCCCCUUUUUGUUACUAAUUUCUGAAACAGCGGCCUCUGUAUCUUUUUUUACAUAAAGCACUUUCACCAAAUAAGGGAAUUUUUCUCUAAACAAAUUAUUUUCUAUCAAUUUGCAAAUAAUGAUUAUUUUUUCAAAUUCUCAGAGUACUUAAUAGACAUUAUCUAAGUUCUAAGGAGAUAAAAACAAUUACAAAGAAAAUCCCUAAGUUCCUCACUUAGGUUCUUAUCUCCAGAACAAUAUUUUCUCACAGCUCACAUUUCCCAUGUUGCUGUUCAAAAUAUUUGUGAUUCAACUUGUGUAUAAGUGUUCUCUUAUUUGCCAUCUGCUGUGAUCUCAUGAAUUAGGAGUUACAAGAUUGACUGUUUAUCCAGCUGGAACUUGAUUCUCAAUUCUUUGAAUUAACAUUACUUACUUGUACCAAGACUUUUGCCUUUUUUGUUUUAUUGACCCUUUUUUUUUUUUAAUUCAAAGCAGACCCUUAAUAUAGGUUUUAGUUGAUGGACAUAGAAAUGUUUUCACAUAGUUAUUAUCUUUCAUCUAUGUAACAAAUUAAUGUUGUGUCUUCCCCAGUAAAUCUUUCACUCUAUCUCCUAUCUGUAAAUGUGUUUCAAAGACAUCUUAGCAUAUUGUUUCAAAUAUUUAUGGGAAAUUUUGAAUAAAAGUAAAUUAGUAGUCCAUCUCUACUUGAGGGUCAGUGGUCAUUUGAGGUCCAGCUGAUUUUUUCCAGUCAGAAAAAGAGUUAUCUUACAUUCUAAUAUACUUUGUAUCAGUUGAUUAUAAGUUUUCAACAUUUUUAAGUACUUCCUAAUAUUAUAUGCUUUUUAAAAUGAACAUACCAUAUUAAAAAUGUUGUAAUUUCCCAUUUCAUGCAAGCCUGCUUAAGACAAAUAAUUUCCUUUCUCUCAUUUUUCUUUCCCUGGUUUCUCAUUAAAAAGUAGGAAAAGUAAAAAGUAUAAAUCAUUUUAGUAAAUUUUAAAUUGUACAUGAGACUUAAAAAAUCUAUAAUAUACAAAGCAAACAUGUCAAUUUAAAUGAUUUAAUGUUUAACUUUAUUCAUCUGAUAGUAAAAUUUUUAAGUUAAUAUCUUAACUGCUGUUAACAUUUUGCAAGUAGAAAAGAAUUUGGGACCUUUUGAAUAAAAGGCCAUUCAACUUAAAAAUA